AUGAGUCGUCCAGUUACAGUUCAACCUAAUGAGAAACUCUUUCCUACAAGCGGACAAUGGAGCAAUGAGUUAUUUCAAUCGUGCAGUCCAAUAUCUGAUGGUAUUGUAUAUUGUUUCUGUGGAUCAUGCUGUGCUGGUCGUUUACAUCAACGUACAGGUGAACAUUUCUGUUCAUGUUUAGUUCCUGGUGCUACACAAGCACUUCGAACAAAGAUUCGAAUGGCUUAUGGUAUCAGGGGUACACUUGUUAAUGACUGGCUUGCAUUAUGCUGUGGUCCAUGUUCAUUAUUACAAAUGAAGAAAGAACUCGAUCGUCAGGGUGUACCAGAUCCACAUGCCUAA